AUGGUCUAUGAUUGGGAGGCUCACGAGAAGCUAUGUUUCCAGCUGUACAUCAACGACAAAAAGUCCCUCGAGGAUAUUAUGGAUUACCUCAAAAUCCACCAUAACUUUGCACCGUGCAAACGAGCCUUCCAGACCCAGUUCCGCAAAUGGGACUUCCCUUCGAAACAGAACCCCGCCUACAAGAACGACCGCCUCGUGGCCCGCGUCAAGGAGCUAUGGGAGCGCAACCUGUCACAAAAGGACAUGUUGGCAGUCUUGAAGGAGGACGGAUUUGACAUCAAGAAGCGCGAGCUGAUCCGCCUGAGGACCAAGAACCGAUGGCUGUUGAAGGCUGCCAACGGCGAGCGGCCGAGGGACUCGUCGGACCCGGACCCGGACCCGCAACCCCCGCUGAUGGCGGACGAUGCCUUCGAGGGUCGGAACAAUGGUCGGCGGCUGUCGAACGGGGCAGGGGACAUGACUCCGGACACCCUGACGGACCACGAGCUGCUUGGAACUCUACCAAACGAGGUCGGCACAGCCUGGGACCAUGACAACAACAGGAGAAAGAGGCGGCGACUGAAGGCUUGGGAGGCUGCAUCAUCACAAGAUGCGCCCCUCGCCCCGCGGUUCCCUUCCGAGACCACUCUCGAUGAGGCAAAAGCCAUACUUAGCCUGGCCAACGACGUCUAUCGACAGGUGCGGACCACGUUUGCGCGCCUCUGCGAAGAGUCCAACAUUGUCAAGAAGACCGUUGCGGGCCCCGACAGGUGGGAAACAGUCAAGGACCGCCUGGUCCAGGAGACGCCACAGCUCCAAGAAGUCAUGUGGCAGUCCAGGGAGAACCACGAGUCCAAGACGUUGGCGCUCGACGUCAUAUGCACCGACAUCACGAAGCGAGUGCGGACGCUGGACAAGCGCAUCACUCUGGCAGAGGCGAAGAACACAAUAGGGGUCAACCCCGAGGAGGCGAGAGACCUCCGCGCCGCCUUUGAUCGGAUCUUGAGGGACGAGGGUCUCAGCUCCAAGUCGGAAGCUGGACCUGCGCAAUGGAGCGACCUCAAAAGGAGGUGGGGGGAUGGGUCGGCCCUCAUCCAGCGCAUUCUCGCCCACGGGACCGACGACCCUGCUUAUGCCCAAAAGGUGCGGGCGCUAGAUUUGAUCGCUCGGGAUGUCAUGAAGCGGUUGAGGGAUGACAUCUCGAGGAAGGACCAGCCGAGGAAGCGGAGUCCCACGAAAGCGCCUCGGCAGAGCAACAACGAGUCUCAGCAUGAACAGAACGCGGAGGCGGCUCAGCCGACACAGCCAGACAUGGUUGAUGGCUUACAGCACCCGACUGAUCUGAGCAGGCAAUACGGCAACGCUGGCCAGGUAUCGUCCAUGGGCUUGGUGCCCGGCUCGGGAGACAGCCAAGCACAGUUGCUGAUUCCGGUGUCGAUGCAGGCCCAGGCCGACUCCGACCCGAUGGCCCACUCGGCGGCGCGGAUGUUGUCUUCUGCGCUGCUCGGUCAGGCGAACAUGACGCUCGAGUCGCACAUGGGGUCGUCUCUUCUGCUGGCCGCCAACGCGCAGGCGGCUUUCGUGGGCCAGCAAUACGCGCAGCAGUUCACCGCCGCGCCGCCCGUGUUCCACACGACGGCGCCCGCGAGCGUGGCCGUCUACCUCAGGCUGCACCCAUCAUCGACGUUCGUGGUGAACGUGAAUCUCUGGAUCGCGACGCUGAGUUCGCAUUCGGUGCAGGAUCUGCGGCAUGUUGCGGCCAGCAAGUUCCCCGGAUCCAUCUGUUUGCGGCUGGAGGGCGUGCUGAAGGAUGGCAAGGGCGGGGAGAUGCCUCUGCAGAUUGACCAAGAUCCAGAAUUGGCGGCCUACUUGGCGCACCUGCAGGGCGCCACGCCGACCUUUAACGUGCAGCUUGUCCCCGGGUGGAAGGCAGGCUGA